UGUAUACCUCCACCUACGGGCAGCUGAUGAAGGACCUUGAUUGUUCUCCAAUUGUGGCUACUCUCGGCCUCUCCUUCUUCAUUUGGGGCUUGGGUAAGUCUGCCUAUGAGUCUCACUGCGUGGUUUGCGGGAAUUGACCAGAGGCUGCUCGUAGGAAUCGGACCGUUGUUUCUGGCGCCAUUGUCGGAGUUCUAUGGCCGAAAGUGGAUUUACAUCGUCUCGUUUACCUUCUUUUUGAUCUGGUUGAUCCCGUGUGCCGUGGCGCAGAACAUCCAGACCAUGAUCGUAAGCCGUUUCUUCAACGGCCUUGCUGGCAGUGCUUUUCUCAGCGUUGCAGGAGGUACAGUGGGCGAUUUGUUUGACCGCCACGAACUCAGUGCUCCUAUGAUGCUAUACACGGCUUCUCCUUUCAUCGGUCCAGAAGUGGGCCCGCUGGUUGGUGGGUUCAUUAACCAGUUCACGAUAUGGCGCUGGACGUUUUAUGUGCUUCUCAUCUGGUCCGGUGUCCUUCUGGUCUCGAUUAUCCUGUUUGUUCCCGAGACCUAUCACCCAGUACUCCUCCGGCGCAAGGCGCAAAAGCUCCGCAAAGAAACGGGAGACGACAGAUGGAAGGCUCCAAUCGAACGAAUGAACCGCUCGGUAGCACGGACUAUCCUACGAUCUACCUACCGGCCGUGGCUUCUAUUGGCGCUGGAGCCAAUGUGUUUGAACCUCUGUAUAUUCUCUGCCAUCCUGCUGGGUAUCCUCUAUCUUUUCUUUGGUGCUUUCCAGCUCGUCUUCGGCAACGUAUACGGCUUCGAGCUAUGGCAAAGAGGUCUGUCGUUCCUCGGUCUCUUUGUUGGCAUGGUCUUUGCCAUCCUAUCUGAUCCUUUCUGGCGUCGAGUCUAUGUUCGCUUGGAAAAGAAUCACGAAAAAGCUGUUGGGAAAUCAGAUGAUUUCCAACCCGAAUGGCGGCUACCUCCAGCAAUCCUUGGAGGUCCGCUCGUCACCAUAGGACUCUUCAUAUUUGCCUGGACCAUCUAUCGUCAUGUGCACUGGAUUGUACCACUGAUUGGCAGUGCGUUCUUCGGGGCCGGAACCAUCCUCGUAUACUCGGGUGUAUUUACUUUUCUGGUUGAUGCCUACCCAACGUACGCCGCGAGCGCUCUGGCAGCGAACAGUUUUGCUCGCUCGACAUUUGGUGGUGUCUUUCCAUUGUUCGGUAACCAAAUGUACAAUAAUCUGGGUUAUCAUUGGGCGACAUCGCUGCUGGCCUUUCUGACACUUGCCAUGUCACCAUUUCCGUACAUAUUCUUCCGAUAUGGCAGCCGUAUCAGAAAGAAGAGUCGAUUUGCUACACGAUAGACGACCAACGUUGUUGCCGCCGCGUAUCGAGCGUGCAUUGUCAUGGUGCCUCGACAUACUGCGACCGAGCUAUUGCUUGCUGCUUUCAUGCUAAAAGUUUUACCUGGCAAGGGUUGUACAUCUAAACAUAGACGCAUGCAUCCAUGCAGACAUACACUUACUAGAAUACACCUAAUGCAUAGAAUC